AUGUACUGCCACCAUCUCUUCUUGUUGGCUUUGGCUGCGGUCAGCAUUCCCAUCACGGCCGCUGAUAAAACAUCUACCAUUGAUCCUACAUCUACCUGGGGAACGUGGGAGGGAUGGGGUGUUUCCCUCGCUUGGUGGGCCAAGGCUUUCGGUGACCGGGAUGAUUUAGCUACCCUUUUCUUCUCUGCCGACUCGAAAACUUUGAAUGGCCAAAAUCUUCCCGGUUUAUGGUUUAACAUCGUGCGCUACAAUGCUGGAGCUGGCAGCACCAACAGUAUUGAUGGCUCCACAAUGGUAGUGUCGCCAAACAUCUUGCCAUCUCGGCAAAUGGAUGGCUUCUGGAAGGACUGGACCAGCAGCAGCCCUUCCUCCUCUAGUUGGGACUGGACUGUCGAUAAAAACCAACGCGGCAUGCUGUCGAAGGCACGCGAUAAAGGGGCAACCAUUUUUGAGCUUUUUUCUAACUCUCCCAUGUGGUGGAUGUGCAAGAACCACAACCCUUCUGGGUCUGAUGGUGGCGCGACUGAUAACUUACAAUCGUGGAACUACGGCCAGCAUGCCGUAUAUCUCGCGACCAUUGCAAAGUACGCCCAUGAUAACUGGGGUAUUAACUUCAACUCUGUCGACGCCUUCAACGAGCCGGUCACGAGUUAUUGGAAAAGCGAUGGUACCCAGGAAGGCUGUCAUUUUGAUGUCGCCACUCAAGCGACUGUUAUCAAGAACAUGCGAAGUGAGCUUGAUACGCGCGGUCUCUCAGCCAUUGCGAUUUCAGCCUCCGAUGAAACAAGUUACGACGAUGCUGUCGCGACUUGGAACAGCCUUGACAGCGAUGCUAAAUCUAAAGUGAAGCGCAUCAAUGUUCACGGUUACCAAGGAGGCGGUGGAAGACGCGACCUGCUGUACAGCCUUGCAAAGGCAGCCGGGAAGCAACUUUGGAACAGCGAGUAUGGCGACAGCGAUGGCAGCGGCAAAGGUCUCUACCAAAAUCUCCUCUUGGACUUCAAGUGGCUGCACCCUACCGCGUGGGUGUACUGGCAAGCUGUCGACAUCACAGGCUGGGGCCUCAUCGUGGGUGAUAACGACAAGAAAACACUCAGCUCGGCAACCCAGAAAUACUUCGUUCUCGCGCAGUUCUCGCGUCACAUCCGGCCAGGCAUGCAGAUCUUGACAGCCAGCGACGCCGACUCUAUUGCUGCGUAUGAUGCUCAAAACCACAAGCUGGUAAUCGUCGCUGCGAAUUGGGGAAGUGCCCAGUAUAUCAACUUUGAUCUAUCCAAGUUCAGCUCACCAGGCAAAGACGGCAGUCUAGUACCGCGCUGGAGCACAGCGACAGGUGGUGGUGAGCAGUAUGUUAACCACCAAGACACAUUCCUGAAUGGGAGCAAGUUCUGGUCAUGGUUUGAGUCAGGCACCGUACAGACCUUCGAAGUCAGCAACGUGUCAGUGUGA